UGCAGCAUGAGGGCUACAGGUGCCUUAGUGCUUCUCAGCCUGCUGCUGCUCUCUUUCUUCUCGGUUCCAGAUGUAGCAGGUCAAGAGAUUGAAGAGAUCUGUAGAGAGUUCCUAAACAGAAGCGUGUACUGCACGAGGGAGUCCAACCCUCACUGCGGCACAGAUGGCGUCACCUAUGGGAACAAGUGUGCCUUCUGCAAGGCCGUGCUGAGAAGUGGAGGGAAAAUAAGAUUGAAGCACCUGGGGAAAUGCUGA